AUGUACGUGCUGCGAAUAAUCUUAUUCCUUAAUCUGACCUAUCUUCUUUCGUUUUUCGUGCUUUUCAAUCCAAUUCAAUGUAAACCAAGUAGUGGUGGACACUUAUCAUCACAACGCGCACGUCCUAGCUAUUCAUCUGGUGGAAAUCAACAACCAAAUUCUCUAUUGUGGAGUAAUUCUUGGUUUACACCAGACUCUGGUGCCUGGUAUGAUAAUGGUAUGUAA